AUGGAUUCAGAUGAUCGACUCGAUACUUUUCGUCAAUCUAAUACCAUAUCAAUGGAACAAACUUUGACAGCACCAUUGAAUAAUACAGUUGAUUUUCUUGGACCUGAAAAUAACCUUGGUGAAACAACUGUCAGCUUUGAACAUAUAUUAGAUGAAACUUCUCGAGAACUACUUAAAUUUGGUUUUAAAAAAGUGGCUAAAAAAAAUGAUUAUAUUCGUAUAAAUGAUAUCGGUGAAGCACUUCGGCAUUCGGGCCAAAAUCCAACAGAAGAUUUUAUUAAAGAUCUGAUUGACAAAGCUAAUGCAUUUAAAACAUCAAUUCAUCGUGAGGACGAAGAAGAAGAGCAAAAACCGGAUGAUCAUUUAUCAUUUGCUGAUUUUUUGACCAUUGUUCAUCAACAUUGGAUACCACUUGAAGAUGACAAAAAACAAUUACAAGACGCAUUUGACAUACUUGAUCCGCAAAACAAAUCAAAAUUGAUGGUCGAUGAAUUUGUGUAUUUACUGAAAAAUUCUGAUUGGCCAGAAGAAGAAAUUCAAUUGCUUUUAUCACAAGUCAGCUGUGCUGAUGGUUAUUUUCUUCAUGACGAUUUACAAAAAUUACUUUUAACACCAGUUGAAUUGCCGAAGAAGAAAUCAGGAAAAACAAAAAAGACAAAAUAA